AUGCAAAGGGUUUUCUGGACGUUGGCAGUGGUUGUGAUAACGUUGUUUGCUGUGAGUCUUGCAAACGACGUCUGUGUCCUUCCAGAGCGGAAUACGCUCUCAAGUAGCUGCUAUGGAGCAUGCAAGUCCUCGCUCUGUGUGAAUUACGCUCCUUUGUCGACUACAGAGAACGGGGGCGAUUCGAUUACCGACGGUAACUUCUUUUCCAAGGGCUGUUCGACGGCCAGUAUUUCGACAUGCAAGACAAAAGUGACCUCGGGAAAAUGUGAGAUGCAGUGUCUCGUGGAUAAGCCGACUGCAUGGAAUGACCCACACUGGACGCUGACUAUCGCACAGCCACAGAGCGACAAGGCGGAUACUGCAGUCUUCCAGAAUAUUGACGACUUGAAACUGCCUUUGACUUUGCAGAAUUUGACAAUCGUUGGUGCGACUGCAAGCUCGCAGGUCACUGUCCCGCUCUCUUUCUCGUCGAAUGCUUUUCGCAGUGGCACAUCGCUGCAGCAAAUCGUCAUUUCAGACGUUAGCAUUGGCGACAUGCUGACGAAUAUCUUUCCGGAAUCUCUUAAGUCGCUUAUUAUUCAACGAGCAAAGCUUACUCAGUUCGAUCCACGUGGUCCGCACGCAUUCACGUCGGUGUCUAUCUUAGACUUACGCGAAAAUGAGCUGUCAGAAAUUCCCAGUAUUAUUUAUGAAAUGCGUAGCUUGUCGGCUUUGUAUCUACAAAGCAACGCCAUUUUGGACGCCCACGUCACUUUGCCUCAGCUUCAGUAUUUACAGCAACUGCCCGUGUUUGAAGCCAAUUUGACAGUCCAUGGAAGUUGCUCCGAAGGUUACGAAGCUAUAUCAUGGGCUGACAAAAGUGUGUGCUAUACACAUGGUUCUGGCCUCGACAGUAUUAACAGCUCUGGUUCCAGCGAAAAGAGCACUACUUCCACGGCAAGCGAGAACGAUAGCAGCUCUGUCGUGCUAUUUGUUGUUUUAGGGCUUACGCUCUUCAUAGUUGUGGUUGUGGUUGGCGGUGUUGUGCUCCUGCGAAGGUGGAAGCAAAAUACAGCAAUGGAGCAACAUGAUUCGCUUGUGUUGGGUGACAGCAAAAGCAAAAGCAAUUUUGUGGGCUUUCGUGCACUGAUGAAAAUGUCCACAAUGACUCAGUCUACUGACUUUGAGGCAUCGCUGAACGAGUAUAAUACUGGAGGUGGACUUCGCAAGGCCGUAUUCAGGGAAAUCCCGGCCACCGAUAUUGUAAUGCUGAACCAGUUGUCAAUUUCUGGCCCCGUGACCGUGUCCUUGGCAGAGCAUCGUACACAAUUGGUUCUUGUGACUAAACUUCAGACUAGCGACGACGAUGUGGAGGCAGGUUUGGAAAUGGUUCCAAUGUUAUCACAGAUGCGCCACCCCCAGCUACUCUCGAUUACUGGACUUGUUUGGGACGAACGUCUUUCGAUGACUGCUGUGUGUGAAUAUAUGACGCUGGGGACGCUAGAAGCCUACCUCCGAGGUUCUGGCUUUGCACUCAACUGGACGAAUUUCAAGAUGAAAGCAGCAGCUGAGAUAGCGCGUGGACUCACGUACCUGCACAACAAGCACACGGUGACUUACGACGGGCUUAAUGGCAGAAGCGUGUUCGUGGACCCCAAGAAGGGCUGUAAGUUAAACCCGGUACAGGCAGCACUCCCUACGGGCGGAUCAUCUCCUUACAGUAGCCAGUCAUACUACCGCCGAUGUGACUCCACCAACAAAGCAUUUUUUGCUCCUGAAAUUUUGAUUGGCGAGCCCUCUCGACCAUCAUCGGAUAUGUACGCGUUCGGUGUGCUACUUGCACAUCUUGACACAUGCCAGACAGCGGAUGAAAUGAUUCGAAGUUCGUGGAGAAUGCGUACACACAUUGGUGACUUCGAUACUGAUAAUGGCACCCUUCUUUCCACUGACGGCACGGUUGUAUCCACGAAUACUUCUGAGAGUGAUCCAGAUAACUCACGAAGGCGCACUACCCAGCUUGAAGGUUUGCCAAGCGCAAACAGCAUUCAUGGACAGCAUAGCUCCCGUAGUCUCAAUGUGGAGGAAACCCGACGACGAACGACUCCUUUGCUAGGUGCCCACAACAACGAUAACACAAGCUUUAUGAGUAUGUUUGCAUUCACACCCGGCUGUCCCAUGAUGGUUCGAGAACUUGCAGUUGCGUGUCUUCAGUACGAUCCAUCGCUACGCCCUAGCGCGUCUUACAUUGCGGCCAUGCUGAAUACCUAG